AUGCAUCUGAUCAACACGGCGACAUUGGAGCUCGAGGAGUUUUUUGACCGUGCCGGCACUCCACCGUAUGCCAUUCUUUCCCACACCUGGGAGGACGGAGAAGUAUCGUUCCAAGAAUGGAGCCAGCGUGAGACUAGGACAGGAAAGAAAGGCUUCCUCAAGAUCGAAUCGUUUUGCCGCCUGGCCCUGCAGGAUGGGUACACACACGCCUGGGUAGAUACCAACUGCAUCGAUAAGCGGAGUUCUGCUAAAUUAUCCGAGGCUGUUGGUAUCCCUAUUAUAGGGUAG